AUGAAUUCGUUAGUUCAGAAAAGUUUUGUCAUUUUCACAGCUAUUAGAUCCUUCCCAAGAUCUCAAAACAUUUACUUAAAAAUCCGUCAACAAUCCACCAAUGUCUCAAGACAGCUUAACAAGAAUGCGCAAGUUAACGCAAGUAGUGAACCGGAAGGAAGUUCUACUAAAUUUUCUCGCUUCUCUGAAGAACUUAUAACCGGACCUAGUUUGGAUGAAUUUAUCAAUUCAAGCGGCUUGGAGAAGAAUUUCGAUUCGCAAAAUACUUUAAAAAUUAAUGAGAGUAAGAGAAAACCAUAUCAACGGCUUCCAGAGUGGCUCAAAACAAAUAAGGUUCCUUCUGGAACAAAUUUUGCUAGAAUAAAACGCGAUUUAAGAGGGUUUAACCUCCAUACGGUAUGUGAGGAAGCCAAAUGUCCAAACAUUGGAGAUUGUUGGGGUGGAGGUGAACAUCAAACUGCUACCGCAACCAUUAUGUUAAUGGGUGAUGAAUGUACAAGAGGUUGUAGAUUUUGUUCCGUGAAAACAAGUAGGACUCCAAAUCCUUUAGAUCCAAAUGAACCAGAAAAUGUUGCUCAUGCGAUUUCUAAGUGGGGUUUAGACUACGUUGUAUUGACUUCUGUGGAUAGAGAUGAUUUGUCAGAUGGAGGAUCGGAACAUUUUGCAAAAACUAUUCGCUUACUCAAAAAAAAGGCACCACACAUUCUUGUAGAAUGUCUUACUGGAGAUUUUCAGGGUGACCUUGAUGAUGUGACAAAAGUCGCAUCUUCUGGUUUAGAUGUAUACGCCCAUAACAUUGAAACAGUUGAAGCUUUGACUCCAUAUGUAAGAGAUCGAAGAGCGACAUUUAAACAAAGCUUAAAUGUACUAGAACAUGUAAAAAAAAUACAACCAAGUUUGAUUACGAAAACUAGCAUAAUGCUUGGUGUUGGCGAAACAGAUGAGGAAGUUCUAGAUGCGAUGAAAGAAUUACGUAAGAUUCAUGUUGAUUGCGUUACUUUGGGUCAAUAUAUGAGACCCACAAAAAGGCAUAUGAAAGUUCACGAGUACGUUAAACCCGAAAAAUUUGAUUAUUGGGCUAAAGUUGGUGAUGAUUUGGGAUUUUUAUAUACUGCGUCAGGACCUCUAGUGAGAAGUAGUUAUAAGGCGGGUGAAUUUUACAUUGGAAAUAUUCUGAGAAAAAGAAAACUUGAAGUAUGA